GAGUCAAUUUGACAUAACAACAGGAAGAAGACCUUGGGAGCAAGAAGCAAUAACAAACAAACCUAGCACCAAGCUAAGGUAACUUUGGGGAAACGAUCUUACAGGAACAGUGUCUCCUUUUCUGUGGUUAAAUAAUUGGUUUAUACUGUAGUAACCGUGUAUCAUACGAUGUACACGGACUACAAAGAAGACAUCUAGUAAUCUAUCACAGAGACGACGUAACGUAACUGUUUAGUGCAACUGUGAGCAACCAGCGAUGGUUCCUGCUGGCGUGUGGUGCGUUGGAGCUCGAUGGAGUGUCCUUAUAGUGUUUUUCUGCAGUGUACUGGUUCCCUCACCCACACAUGCCUAUAUCUAUGCUCAUUAUAGCAAUGUGACCUCCAUGUUCUUUGAGGACCUGCCUGCCUUGUUUGGUGCCCCACUUCCUAAAGAUGGAGUAAUGGGGGUGUUGGUGGUGUCCCGUCCGCUAAAUGGCUGUACAACAAUAGACCCUCCUCCUCCAUUGCCACCAUUUUACGAUGCCAACACCACCAAAUUCAUUGCCCUCAUCAGGCGUUAUGAUUGCAAUUUUGAUGUUAAGGUCUUGAAUGCACAGCGGGCUGGAUUCAGUGCUGCAAUUGUUCACAACAUGUAUUCAGACACUCUGCUCAAUAUGAACUACAGCAAUGAGACCAUUGCAGAAGAGAUUGAGAUCCCCUCUGUAUUCACCAGCUACUACGCCUCUGAAGUUUUCAGGAAUUUAAUAAUCCCAGAACAAGGGGCUUACGUGAUCCUCAAGCCAGAGUUUGCUUUUCCACUCUCAUAUUACCUUAUUCCCUUCACUGGAGUAAUUGGCAUGAUCAUUAUUGUGAUGUGCGUCAUCUUGAUUAUACGCUGUGUUCAGUACAGAAAGAGGAUGAGGAAAAAUCGUCUGUCUAAGGAACAACUGAAGAAGAUUCCAACCCACAGGUUCCGUAAAGGGGAUGACUAUGAUGUGUGUGCAAUCUGUCUGGAUGAGUAUGAAGAGGGAGACAAGCUGCGAGUUUUGCCUUGUUCACAUGCCUACCACUGCAAGUGUGUAGACCCGUGGCUCACACAGACCAAGAAGACGUGUCCUGUGUGCAAGCAGCGCGUCACUCGGAACAACCCAGAGCACUCCGAGUCUGAUUCAGACGAGGAAAAUGGAGGACGUGGGGAGGACGGAGGGACAGAGGGUGAAGCAGACUCAGAGCGCACGCCUCUGCUGCGGCCCUCCAACCCGGCGUCUCCCUUGGGGAGCCCGGGAGUCUAUUCAGCCACCACCACCACUACUGCCCAGUGCCUGGCCUCCCCUGCACGCUGCGACUCGCCCAUCCUCGACUAUGAAGACUACCACUCCCCCCAGGAGGAUACGGACUCAGAAAGCGAUGAUGCAGGAGAGGACACGCACCCCACCGAUGACGACACUGCUCUUCUCAUUCGUAGGAAUACGGUGGAGAUCUGAUGACUGGAACUUAGCUGCAAUGAGAUCAGUUAGUUUUAUCUAAAAAAUAGAAGAAAAAAAAAAAGGUCUUUGUGUCAUCAGGUGUACUGAUAUCACACUGUAUUUUAAAAUAGCUUCAGAUCCAUGGUUAGGAGGUCUACUUGUUGGUGUCAAAGCACAAGCAGCACUGGCAUUGAUGGGUUUUACCAAAACACAGAGUGUCAACCCACUUCUAUACAGUACACACUUUCACUCCAGUUCUCUUGUGUUUGUCUGUAGACCUUCGCUUUUAAUGCAUGUUGUAAUUCAUAAUUUUAAGACGCCACAUGACCUAACCACUAUUGCUGCACACAGAGAAUGGUCUAAAUGUCUCGUUAAUCUAAUGUGCUGUAAGAGUAAGAGUGUGAUUCUAGUGGAUGAAGCCUGUGUUGCUAAGCAGAACUCUGUGCUCACACUUAAAGUCGAUCUUCUAGGUUCUCUGUGUAAGAUUAGUGCAAUCUGAAGACUCUCUUUUGUCUUAAUCACAUAUUUUUUAAAUAUCUGACAGUCCUUUUCCCCAAUUUUGUAUCCUAACAAGGAUGUGCAAGUGGAAGGUAAAAAUUUGUCUUCAUUUUAUUUUAUUUUUUUAAUCCCCCUUUAGCUGUCACAUUUUUUUAAAGUUCUUUGAAAUGGCGCAUUAUUUUCAGAUUCUACAGUAAGAUAUGCGAAUACAGAAUUCUGAAGGUGAUAUACGUUUCUGCUGCUUUUACAUUGUUAUAGAUAAUACUGUGUGGUCACUUUAAGGUUUUUCUUUUUCUUUUUUUUUUUUUUUUUACUUUCACUUUUAUCCAGUUUGUCAAGAUGAACAAACUCAGGUUUAUAGCAUCAAAUUAAAAGCCAGUUGGUGUUGUAAAUGAAUAACAUAAUUAUAAUUAAUGGGAUUUGCUCUUAAAAAAUAGUUUUGAAUCAGAUCCUCGAAUAUUUAAUGGAAGUUUUUCCAUUUUUAUACACAACACAUGUUGAAUUGUGGGACCCUGGAGGUGUUUUUAGGGGGAAAAAAGCAUUGCCUUACAUUGGCCUUGAUGUAUAUGUGUAUGUUAAAUUAAAUGUUUGGAGAUUUAAAAGACAUGUUUUCCUGAUGUCUAGCUGUAGUUAAUACUGCUGGCUAGAGAGCAGUGAUCUUACUUGGACUAAAAAUGCAUUUGUUUUUCUAUGUCAGUAAGGACAAGAAAGCUUGUGUUUCCACAUGUUAUGUGCUCAUGCUGAUAUGGAUAUCCAGCUUCCACGUUGGAUUUGCAUCCUUUGCUCAGCGGCUGUAACAGAUAUGGUUUGUUUCUCUUUCUUGGGUGGGGUCCACACUGUUGACUUAUAUAAAGAGCAGUAAAAAUAGAAACCUUAAAAUGCUGUGUUUACCUUAAUAUGAUAUAAAUUCACAACUGGAAUUUAUCUUGCAGGGUGUGGAACUGAAUUUGCUGUCCUCUAUCAUAGAAAUGAGUUGUUUAACACGUUCUACUGUAUAACUUCAAUUUGAAACCUAAUUUAUAUUUAUACUGCAUCAGAUCGGGGACCAAGCGUAUCCCUCCCAAACACCACAGCUGCAGAGCAAACAUGCAUAAAAAUUCUUUGUCUGAGGAUUUUUUUUUUUUCACUAAGUUGCAUUUUCAUGUUGGAGUGAUAAAGAGGGGAAUCAGUGAGAUCAAUACAUUCUGUCUUACGUUAGACUGAUAGUUUGAUUGGGACUUGUUGGCAGUAGUCUGUAUUAUAAAAUAGAACAGCUGCUUUCCUAUUUAUGGUAUGCUUCAAAUGAUUUUUGUACUGUAAUCUUUUUCUCUAUAUGUCUCAAUUCUGGAGAUUAACUGAAACAAAUGGAAAAAUAUAAUCCCCAAAUUAUUAAUUUUUCCUUUUUCUUUUAGAAUGUGCCUAGUUUAUCACAUUUAAUUAAUAAAUGUACAGUGUCAAGUAUAAUUUCCCUGUAUAAAGAAGGUUUGAUCAUCAUUGGGAUGUCUAAACACAGUCUGUGGAAAGCUGCACCUAAUGUGUGAUUUGUGGAAGAUUAAAUGAGUUUGAAAUGGGA